AUGCCUCGUCGAUCGUCUCGGGCCGUUCCCGCGUCGGCCGCAGCUCCAGUGUCGGCGCCAAAAAGGCGCGCGUCUGACAGAAUAUCCGAAGCCUCCAGAACGGGGCCGAAGAAACAAAAGUACGAUAACACCACCGCUAAGAAAGCUACCAAAUCCACCGCAAAGAAAAGCCAAUAUUUCCAAGAAGAAGCCUCCGAGGAAUCUAAGCCAUCUGCGCCGAAAACCGCUAGUCACGAUAACCCAGACACGUCAUUCCCCGCAUCUCCCGGUGCGAGCGCAGAAGUAUCUGACGCAACGCCCCCAAAGACAGGAUUGACAAGACCGCGGAAGCCGGAACAAGCACCAAAGAGGGGCCAGAAAAAUAGUCAGGAAGAGGAAGAGCCCAGCAAGCCAGCUCAAAGGAGAAAAGGCGGCAUCAAAGCCAACACGGCCGCAUCGACCGGAGGUAAGGAGCUAUGGAGAGAAGGCGUCACGACUGGUUUGGGCCCCGGAAAAGAAAUCUUCAUCGCGAAGCCUAAAGCGAGGGACCCAGGAUCUGUGGCCUAUCAGGAGAAUGCCUUGCAUCCCAAUACCAUGCUCUUUUUGCAAGACCUCAACGAGCAUAAUGAGAGGGAAUGGCUCAAAGCGCACGAUGCGGACUACCGCGCCUCGAAGAAGGACUGGGAGACGUUUGUUGAGACUCUCACCGAGGAAAUCAUAGAAAAAGAUGGCACUGUACCAGAGCUACCUGUGAAAGAUCUUGUCUUUCGCAUACAUAGAGACAUCAGGUUCAGCAAAGAUCCCACCCCGUACAAGACGCACUUUUCAGCCGCUUGGUCCCGCACAGGUAAAAAGGGACCUUACGCUGCUUACUACGUUCACUGUCAACCUGGAUCCUGCUUUGUCGGUUCGGGGCUCUGGAUGCCACAGGCCGAUAAGCUUGCGCUUCUUCGAGAGGAUAUUGACAGGAACUCGCAUCGCCUGAAAGCAGUUCUGAGGGAGAAGGAAAUACGUCGCGAGAUCUUUGACGGAAUAGCAGAUGACGAAGAGAUAGCUGUGACGGCUUUUGUCAACCACAAUAAGGAAAGUGCGCUCAAGACCAAGCCCAAAGGCUACGAUCUCGAUAAUGAGAAUAUCCAGCUGCUCCGUCUUCGCAGUUUCACCAUUGGCAGGCCUUUGUCGGAUGAGGAGCUUCUGAGUCCCAAUGCGCAGGAAAGGAUCGCAGCUCUGAUUGGGAUCAUGGAACCCUUCGUCACGUACCUCAAUAGCGUCGUCAUGCCCGAUCCAGCCCAGGAGGAAAGCGGUUCGGCCUCAGAAGCAGAUGAAUGA